AUGCUUGGACUGCAUUCGUACUAUGAUGGACAUGGUUUAAACGAUGCAUUACUUAGAUAUAAACAAGCAAUAGAAAUAAAACAAAAAUUUUUAGAUGAUAACGAGCUAAAUAUGCCUUUGGAUAUUGCUAAAAUCUAUCGUGAUAUGAGCUACAUGUACCGGUUGUUAGCCGAAGGUUCAGAAGCUAAGAAAAGAUAUGAUGAUCUUUCUAUUGAGUGGUGCUUGGUUUCUUUGGAAAAAGCUACAAAUAAAAAAGAUAGAAUCGAAACUUACGAAUUUCUUGUUCAAAUGUACAGAAUAGAGAAAACAAGUCAUGUAUAUAAAUUGAGUGAAAGGGACCAUCAAGAAAAUCGACUCAUUGGUAUUCGAUAUAAAGAACUUCAAGUGGAAGAAGCAUUAGAAUAUUACUCUCCUUUAGAUCUUAAUGUUGCAAUCUAUUACUAUUAUUUAGCGGUUAAUCAACGUGCAGCAUCAUUGAAGAAAGAAGCAAUGGCUAACUUUGAAAAAGCUAUCGAGAUUCAUCUCGCUCAAGAGAAACCAAGAUUUGAUGAAAUUGCAUACUUAUACUGGGAAAUAGGCCAAAUACAUGAAGAUCAAAAAGACUAUACUUCUGCAAUUGACUGUAAGAAAAAGGAAAUUCAAUAUCGAAUGGAAGAUGAAAAACUGAGAUUACCAUUUAGAGAUUUCAAUCGAGAGUCAUUUCACAGAAUCAAAGAAAAUCAUAAGGAGUUGGCAAGUCUUUAUAUUAAAUUACAUAAAAUUCAAUUAGCUUGUGACUGCUUAUCCAAAGCAAUACAACGUUAUGAAAACAGUGAAUAUGAAGAUAAAAAUAUGAAAAUUAGACAAAUAACGGAACGGAUAAAAAAACUCCAGUGUUCAUCUGUAGAAGAAGCGCAAUCUAUGGGUUUACAGGAAUUGCCAGCCGAUGAAAUUAUCGAUGAAGAAUCGGAUGAGCCAAUCUACGAAGAACUACCUGUAUUGAUACUAGAAGAAGAUUCUGACAAUGAAAAUUCUGUUAGCGAAGGAACAAUUAGUGAAAUAGACUAUGACACGGAAAUUUUGUGGCUGUAA